AUGACCGAUCAACAUCCGCCACAGGCAGCUGCGACAAUGCCACCGCAACCGCCAUCGCCUCGCCCGCCACCCUCGAUAGCAUCCAUGCUGUCCAGGCUCACCCCGCCCCGCAUCCUCGCGCACGGCCUUCCCAGCUAUCGCCACUCGUUUUCCCUGCCCGAGCAUGACUCCUCUGCCCCGUCAUCCUCGUCCUCGGCCGAUGCGGAUCUCGCCCACGACGGCGACCGACGCAGCCACACCUUCCGGCAGCCCCGCCCGCCCCGCUACGUAGAUUGGAACUCUCUCGUCCCCUCACCGCAGGCCCUGCUCUCGUCUUUCACCAGCCUGCUCCGGCCCACCGUCGAGCCAGACGUCCAACCCGCACCCCCACCGCCUCGCCUCGUCUUCUUUGGCGAACAGCACCACCAGCCAGAGGUGCUCCGCGCCCAGCUCCAGACCCUCUCGGCCCUCGACGACCACUGCCGCCACGCCUCCCUCUCCAGCACCCCGGGCAAGCGCGGCACCCUCUACCGCCUCCACCUCGUCCUCGAACACUUCUCCGUCGAGGACCAGCCCAUGCUCAACUCGUUCUACUCCGGCUCCCUUGCGCCCCAGGGCCUCAUCGACGCCUACUCGGCCAACAGCCAGGAAGGCUUCGACCUCUCGCACUACAUGCCUCUGCUCCUCCUCGCCCGCGAGCUGCGGGUUCCCAUCUGGGGCGGCUUCCCACCGCGCAGAUGGGCGCGCGACGUCUUCCGCCAGGGGGUCGACGCCGUCAAGCUCAACGAGCAGAGCUGGCUCGCAGGCGCAGCCGCGACCUCGACGGAGCCGAUGACUGCAGCGACAGCGACCGCGACAGCGCCAGGGACGACCACGGCCAAGUCGGCACACCUGCUGCCGAGGCUGUCGAACUGGUCGCUCGUCACGCAGCUCCACGCCGCCCAUCGCGCCUAUCUCUCGUCACUCAUGCGGCCCGACCUGCCUCCGACCUUUCCGGCCCUGCCUGCCGGCUCGGCCAGCCAGCCGCUCCUGUCGGCCAUGGCGUCCAUGUCCGGCUCGCACAUCUACCCGACCUGGCUGCUGCGCCCCACGGCGUCCGAGACAAAGGGCUUCGCACCCGCCCAGGCGCUCAAGGACUCGUACUUUGCCCACGUCACCGCCUGGAUCCUGCGCGGCUGCCCUGCCACCCCCGAGGAGCGGUCGAGGUUUGUCGAAGCCGAGGCGGGCGGCGACGAGAAGGUCGUCAAUGUGACGCUGUGCAUCGCCGGACUGGGCCACGUCGAGUACGGCAUGGGUGCCCCGGAAAGGGUCAUCCACCUUCUGCGUCGCUCCCAGUCUCCCUUUGCCCAGCAGCAACGGCCAGGCGACGCCGCGACUUCCGCCGACGACGCCCGCGAGGCGUCGGCUGAGCCGUACGAGCGGGAUCCGGAUCUCGAAGCCAUCGAGCCCAUCAUUAUCGCCAGCAAGCCUGCCGACUCGGGCAUCUGGCUAGGAUUUGAGGCACCAUCGACACCGCCGGAAGUCGAUGGAUCGUCGCCGGCGACGACAGUGCAAGAAGCCAGGCCAUUGCAGCGUGGGCGAUGGGAAGAGGACCCGUGGCAGAGGAAGCUGGCGGACGCCGUCGUCCUGUACGAAUGGAGGGACGAGGAGGUCGCGCCCGAGGCCGAGGCCGAGGUCGAGGUCGAGGCGGCAAGGAGUCAGAGCACGGGCUGA